AUGGCGCGAAAUCAGGAGAAAGCGCAGUCGAUGCUCUACCGCUUCCGCGAAGCGCAAGCGAGCUCGCUGGGGCUCACGCCCAAAACCACCCGACGACCGCGUCUCGCCUCAUCGGUAACGUCGCUGAAAGAAUGCGAGAAGUGGCGGGGGGAAGUGAUCCGCGAGAUCUCGCGCAAGGUGGCCAAGAUCCAAGACUUUGGCCUCACGGAUUUCGAGGUGCGCGAUCUGAACGACGAGAUCAACAAGCUGCUGCGCGAAAAGGUGCAUUGGGAAAAGCAGAUCCUCGCGCUCGGUGGUGCCAACUACAUGCGUGCGGUUCCUAGCAUGCUUGGUGGCGAUGCGGGAAUCGGCGGUAGGGGGUACAAGUACUUUGGACGUGCCAAGGAUCUUCCCGGUGUCAAGGAGAUGUUCACCAAAACUAGGGAGCAGGAGGAGAUGGAACAGAGCUGGAAGUCGGACAAGUGGCAACGAUUUCGCAACCUCCCUCCCGCAUACUAUGGAGACGAAGACGAAGACGAUACUGGAUUGUUGGAAGAAGAGGUGCGCAGGGAGGAGGAGGAAUGGACACAGCGGUACUUGCAGAUCAUCCAAGGUCUGCAGCAAGAUCGACGCGACGAUGAGCAGAUGGACAGCGACAUCGAGCGGUCGAAUGGUGGGAUUGAAGUGCCUGCCAUCCCACGACCGACACCACGACCUUUCAGGGAAGAAAUGCACGCCCUCGCAUCGGGCUUCCACCCAGCCACGUCCCAAGACGAUUCGACGAGCGUCGAGGCUGAUUCGGCAUCGGCAGCCAAGCGUCAAAAGGGUUCAGACGGAACACCCCUACCGGCUACAUCCGCUUCGCCACAAGUGGCAUAUAGCAUCUUUGCACCCGAAGACCUUGCGCAUCCCACACUGCCCGACCGCACCGCCGUGGAAAGGAUGAUCCUUAACGCCAAAAAGCGCCAGCUGCGUCAGGAGUACAUUGGCUCCUCAUAG